AUGUCUAGCCGGUUCGUCUCUGGCGGUACGAUAACUUCUAGCGGCGAACCCUCGAAAGAUGAGAGCGGCCAUGAGGCGGUGGUGGCGGCCGCGAGGGAGCCGCUGAUGAAGAAGAAUGCCGAAUGGGAGGCGGUGCAGCACGAACUUGAGGAGGAUAGGAAGAAGAGGGAGCAGGCGAGGGCGAAUUUGGCGGGGGAAGGGCAGCAGAGCUUGUAUGAUGUGCUGCAGGCAAAUAAAGCGGCUAAGCAGGCGGCUUUUGAAGAGCAGAUGAAGCUGAAGAAUCAGUUUCGCGCCCUGGACAAUGACGAGAUUGAUUUUUUGGAUGAGGUGAGGGCGAAGGAGAAGGCGGAUGAGGCGCGGGCGAAGAAGGAGAUGGAGGCGGGGCUGAAGGCCUUUCGGGAGAGGCAGAAGAGCACCGGGGGAGAGAUUGCGGCGGCGGCGAAGGAGGAUGAAGGGCCGGGAGGGGAAGAUGAGGAAUGGGUUGUUGGGGGGAGGAAGAGGAAGAGGCAUGAGAGGGAGACGUUGGGCGUGAAGAAGAAGUCCGUGAGUAAGAGGACUGAGAAGGAUGAGGCUGUGGUGAAGGGAUUGGCGCUUGUAGGAUAUGGUUCGGAUUCGGAUGAGAGUGGU